AUGACCAUGGAAAAUGUAGAAGAGAAAAUACUGACUGCAUUAAAAAACACAGAAGAAAUAGAAACCACUGGAAUAGAAGGAGAGUAUACAGAAAUAAUAGGGGCAGUUAAGAGGCUAGAAUCAUUUGAGAGGAUUACCAGCAGUCCUGUUCAAAGGGAAGAGAUAGUGACAACAGAAGAGGCUAAGGAUAUUCUACAAUAUGGCUCGGCCGAGUAUAUUAUUUAUUCUAUACUUGAGGCAUCAAUGGGUGAUCAGGAAAUUGUUAAUAAAUUGAAAGAGAGUAAGCAAUUUACAGGAAAAACAGAGAAGGAAAUUCUUGAAUUUAUAAAGAAAGGAAAAAACAACGGGCUUCGUAUGAAAAUACUGAAAAUAGACAAUGGCAAACUAGCAAGAAAUCAAAAUUUUAGCAAGGAUUUAACGAAGCAACAAUUAGAAAGCUUAGGAGAGUUAACACCCCAAGAAAUCACAGAGUUAAAGAAACGAAAGCUUUUAAUUCAGAAGAAAACAACGCACUAUAUCUUAAGAAAAGGCGAGAAAUAUUCUGUAUCUGAAGCUGCAGUGAGUGACAUAACAGUUGAAAUGAUAAAUAAGAUAGAAUUAGCAAGUAAUCUUAAGAAGUACAACUUCAACAUUGUUGCUACUCUUUCAAAGUAUGGCGGAGCACUGCACCCACUGUCAAUGGAAAGGGAGAAGGUGAAGAAUAUAUUUUUACUAAUGGGGUUUGAAGAAAUGGAUGCAGGGAAAUACAUUGAAUCCUCAUUCUGGAAUUUCGAUGCAUUAUUCCAGCCACAGAGACAUCCAGCCAGGAAUGAGCAGGAUACAUUUUUCAUGGCAGACCCAGCGUAUGCAAAGGAUCCAGAAAGUGAGUAUUUAAAGCGCGUGGAGACGGUGCACACUGUGGGUGGCUAUGGAUCUUCUGGAUACAAGGCUCCGUGGAGUGUAGAGGAAUCAAGGAAGAAUGUUCUUAGAACGCACACCACUGCCGUGACAACAAGACUGCUGUACAAAAUAGCACAGGAUAUAGAUUUCAGCAGUGCUACAGCAGAUGACUAUGCCAGAAAGUAUUUUUCAAUUGACAGAGUGUUCAGAAAUGAAACACUUGAUGCCACGCACUUAGCAGAGUUCCAUCAGGUAGAAGGCAUAAUUAUGGGAGUUGGCCUAACAAUCUCGCAUUUAAUGGGGUUCAUGGAAGAGUUCUUUAAGAAGCUAGGAAUAAGCAAGAUAAAGUAUAAGCCGGCGUACAAUCCGUAUACAGAGCCAAGUAUGGAAGUAUUCGGAUAUCAUGAAGAAAUGAAAAGGUGGAUGGAAAUAGGCAACUCUGGUAUGUUUAGGCCAGAAAUGCUUCUUCCAAUGGGGUACCCAGAAGAUGUCCGUGUGAUUGGAUGGGGUAUUUCUUUAGAAAGGCCUGUUAUGAUAGGAAGACAAAUGAAUAAUAUCAGAGAUUUAGUUGGACACAAAGUAGAUCUAUCAUUUAUAAGAAAUGGUUUAUUCCAAGAGUAAUUCAUUAUAUUCAUAGAUUUACUACUCUUAGGUAUAUUCCCAUGGUGUCAGUUAUAAUAAGAAUAAUUAACAAGAAC